AUGGUGACAGCCGGCGGCACGCCGGCCCCCAGGGCCCCGCUUCGCAGCCUGGGGAGGGGGACUGGGCGAGACCCCCAGCGCCCUCGGGCAGAGCUCGGCCACGACGCUGCCACCCUGUGCGGGUCCCACCGCCACCGCCGGCUGUCCAGCCCGGGGACGAGCCCAGAGCCUGCGACCCCCCUGUCCGGUGGAGGGGGGCACAGGGCGGGAGCAAGCGGCAAGCGCGCAGGCGAGACGGCGGCACCCAUGCAUUCCCCGCGCUACCCCAGCCCCGCCGAGCUAGACGCCUACGCACAGAAGGUGGCCAACAGCCCGCUGACCAUCAAGAUCUUUCCCACCAACAUCAGGGUCCCCCAGCACAAGCACCUUAACCGGACGGUCAAUGGCUACGACACCACGGGGCAGCGCUACAGCCCCUACCCCCUGCACGCCGGCGGCUACCAAGGUCUCCUGGCCAUCGUGAAAGCCUCCGGCAAAAGCGUGGUGAAGAACUCGGAGGGGAAGCGGACUAAGCUCUCGCCCGCCCAGGUCGGCGUCGCUCCCUACCCCGCGUCAAGCACUUUAGCUCAAGGUCCCUCCUGCGCCGGGCAGCUGAGCUACCACGGCGGCCAGAAGCAGCUGGAGGGUCCCGUGCCACCCCACGUGACGGGGGCGGCCCCGCCGCCCGAGCUGGGGCCCGGCCCCCGCGAGCUGGGGGUCCCCCCCGCCGAGGGGGCUGCCCACAAGACGCUCUGCAAUACCUCCAUCCUCAGCAGCAGCCUCCAGUCCCUGGAGUAUCUCAUCAACGACAUCCACCCGCCCUGCAUCAAGGAGCAGAUGCUGGGCAAGGGCUACGAGACCGUGUCUGUGCCAAGGCUCUUGGACCACCAGCACGCCCACAUCCGCCUGCCCGUCUACAGAUAA